AUGGGCAACGUCGGAAGCCGCCUGGAUGAUUCUGGGAACCUGUUUCUCAAGGACCAAACCAAGUUGAGCAUUGCGUCUGUCGCCGUCAGUAACUCGAAGCGCAAGGUGUUGAAUCUCACACCGAAUGCUUUCCCCGCAACCCGAUACUCGGCAAAACGCGACGUUGGCGAUGAUAGUCCUGUUGAAUAUGUACAGGAUCCUGAUACCCUCCCUACAGCAUCUGGACCGACCUUCCUUCUACGGCUAACCAACAACGAAGAGCUGGAGUUUACCUUUACAUUUAUCCUACGGCAGGUGCAGACAGGCAAUGUGGCCAACUCGACGGUGAAUGGCGUGUCGACCUCACUCCCGGAAGUCAUGGAUACGGUGCUGACGGGGCUUACCUUUGCGCAUGCGUCCAAUUCGAAGGAGCUGGACAAUCUGAUCACGCGCGAGUUCCAUGCGAAUCCGAACCUGCAGAAUAACUCCAACGUCCAGCUGGUGGGCGACUACUCCACCGGCGGGAGUCCCUCGGUACAGUUUGAAUGGUCGUGGAAAUGGAAGCCUCCCAAGUCGACUGAGGAUCGAGGCGGUGGCUGGCGGAACAGCUGUAGUUUCCUCGAAUACGACCAGCGGGCAAACCGCCUUAACACCCUCGCCCACUUCUCCUUUUGGGUCCAGAAUACUGCCCGCAUCAUCUUUCCCCCGUACCUCUCCUCGCCCAACUUGGAGAUCGGGGUCCCCGCGCGCAACCGCGUCCCGUCUUCGCAUUCCAUCCUCUCGCAUUCGAGUGAUGCGACGGACGCCACUGCUGCUGCUGCUGCUACUACUACUACUGCUGCUGUCGCUACUGCUGCCGCUGUGCCUCCGCCGACACCGCCAGAGGCAAUCGACUUGGGUUUGAUGCCUCCUCCGCCGUCCACGGCGCCGCCCCCGAUCCCAGUCCCCGUACCCGUCAAGGUCGAUCUUCCACACUCGCGGCCUGGAGAGGAUAUGAGUGCGGUGGAGGACGGGCCACUGUUCCGCGCCACGAUGAAGGCACUCGAGCAGAAAACGGGAAACUUCCGCACGAAGAUCAAAAAGGUGCUCAAGAAAGCCGAAGCAGCGCAACAGGCUCAGACCUCGUGCAAUGAAGCCGUCGAGGCCUUUUUGACCGCGCUGCGCGACGCUUCCACCUCAAAUACAAAUGCGAUCCAGCCGGCUAUGGAUCAUUACUUUGAGAAGAUUGCUCGCCAGAUCCUCAACUAUGAACAGCUCAACGCCCUGCAGCUCCAGAAACUGGUCAUUGAACCGAUCGUCAAGCUCUACCAAAACGACAUCAAGCAGGCUGAAUCCAAGAAGAAAGACUUUGAGGAAGAGAGCAGGGACUACUAUGCCUAUGUCAGCCGCUACCUGGGCCAACGGCAGGAUUCCCUGAAGGAAAAGAAGCGCGCCGAGAGUGAUUCCAAGUACCAGGCGAAGCGGCGCAAUUUCGAACUCAAACGGUUUGACUAUUCCUCCUUCAUGCAAGAUCUUCACGGCGGUCGAAAGGAGCAGGAAGUGCUCUCCCAUCUGACCAGAUACGCCGACACGCAGGCCAAGUAUUUCCUAGCGGCGGCCCAGAAGAUCGAGGAGAUGGUCCCGCAACUGGAUGCCCUCAUCCAUGAGGUGGGCCAGGCCGACAAAGAGUUUCAAUUCCAGCGUACGGAGCGGGAGGAAAAACGCCGAGCCUUGGAGAAACCGUCAAACACUUACACGGAGCCCGAUGUCCCCGGUAAUAAUGCGUCCUCGCCACCAACCAUGCCGGGGAGUGGCAUCAGCAACGGCCAUGGAUCCGAGGCAGAGUUGGGCCGAGCAGAUAGUACGGGUUCCCAGCUGAGGAAUGUCACCAGCAACUCGUCUUCGAUCUCCAUGCAAAACAAUGCGGCGCCUGUCAACUCGUCCACAGUGGCUGCUACCGCGGUGGGCUCAUCCAUCGGCUCGGUGAACUCGUCCCAGAACCGUUUCAAAGGCAUCCGCGACCUUGAGGAGCGAGACCCCUGCAAUACAGACCGUGCUGCCACCCAGCAGAGAAAGGAGGGGCUUCUUUGGGCGUUGUCUCGGCCGGGAUCUCAUAUCGAUCCAAAGGGUAUUAACAAGCAAGCUUGGCACAAAUUCUGGAUCGUCUUGGAUCAAGGAAAACUGUCCGAAUAUAGCAAUUGGAAGCAAAAGCUGGAUUUACACAUGGAGCCGAUUGAUCUACGCAUGGCAUCUGUCCGCGAAGCACGGAACGCCGAGCGUCGGUUCUGUUUCGAGGUCAUCACCCCGCAGUACAAACGGAUCUACCAGGCGACGUCCGAGGACGACAUGGGGAACUGGAUCCGAUCGAUCAACAACGCCCUGCAGAGCGCCGUCGAAGGCCGUAGCCUUUCCCCGCAGGCGUCGCUAUCGUCUCGGAGAGACAACAACAACAGCAGCCCGAUUGGCCGCGAUAUCGGGUCUGUGCUCACGGGCAAGAGCUCGUCGUACUCGGGCCAGCACUCUUAUUCAAGCGCGCCAUCUACCACCAGUGUGAACCGGCGGACCACCGUGGGUGCACGGCCCAGCUAUGGACGGAUUGAUAGCAACACGUUUGAGGAUCACCCCUCCCGGCUCCUGCAGGCCGUCCGGGACGCGGACCAGGGCAACAACUGGUGUGCUGACUGCGGCUCGACGUCCAAGGUGGAGUGGGUGUCGAUCAAUCUCGGGAUCGUCCUGUGCAUCGAGUGCAGCGGCAUCCAUCGGUCCCUGGGGACGCACAUUUCCAAGAUCCGCUCGCUGACCUUGGAUAUCAACUCCUUUUCCAACGACAUCGUGGAGAUCCUUCUGCAGAUCGGGAACCGAGUCAGCAAUAUGGUCUGGGAGGGGACGCUGGACCAACUGCAGAAACCGACGGCCGGCUCGACGCGUGAACAGCGGCUCAGGUUCAUCACAGCCAAGUACAGCGACCGAGCGUACGUCGAACCGCUCCCGUCGCUGCGGUCUCGCUUUGCCACGGCGGACGAGACGUUGCUCGCCUCGAUCAAGAAGAAUGACAUCCAGGGCGUGCUGUACGGGAUCGCCCUACGGGCCAACCUCAACAUCGCCGACCGGUCGCGCAACACACAUGCCGUCUUCCUCGCCCUGGCGGCCGCAGACCCGGCCUCACCCGGCCUCACGCCCUCGAGCAGCAUCCGGCCCAGCACGGCCACGGCGCCGCCAAAGGCGAUCCCCUUUGCAAUCGCCGAACUGCUUGUCCAGAACGGCGCCGAGAUCCCCUCGCAACCGCCGCCGAUCCCGCUCUCGCCCGCCGCGCAGCUCUACCUCAGCCAGCGCACAGCACGGCUGGCCGCUCUCCAUGGCUCUGCCGCCGCCGCCGCCUCCCAUGGGACUGGCAAGACGGGGCCCGGCCCGGCCGAUACCCUUGGCUCGCUGCCGACCAUCCGCGGCGAUUCCACGGGUGGUGUCUCGUCGUUGUCGUCAGGCUCCUCCCUCCCGCCCCUGGACAGCAAGGAGCGCGAGAGACUCUACAAACGAGGGAGUGCAGGGGCGCGGUUUGCAGGCAAGGUAGCCUCCCUAGGCAUUGAUCGAUGA